AAUUGGAAUUGACCCUUGAUGGGUCACAAUGAAGUGCACUUCCAAGGUUACAUGGACUAUUCCGUACCGAGACGAUCAUACAAUUCAAACAUUUGCGUUUCUGCAACGUCCCAAAUCCAGCAAUCCAAAAUGGUGUAGCAGUGUUUGUGUGGUUCUUCCCCGAUUCUUCCAUGCUUCCUAAAAUGGCCGCUGCAGCCGCAUCAAUAAGCACAAGAGGUUUUUCCCCGUCAAAAUCCAAUCUUCUAUCUUCAGAAUGAGAGUCUUAGCUUCUGUUUUAAGGCCCAUCUCCCAGUUCAGUUCGAAACCCAGGCUUUUCUCUCUCUGUUUCUCCAUCGAAUCUGCAGUCUCAAACGAAGUCUUGACGAUCCUCGAGACUGUCCACCCCAUAGAAGACUCACUUGAAAGCCUCGUCCCCUUUCUCUCUCCCUACGUCGUUACGUCUGUUCUUCAAGAAAAUCAAGAUGUUGGGGUGGGUUUCCGGUUCUUCAUCUGGGCAAUGAGACGUAAGCAAUUCCGCAGUUGGGUAUCGCACAACCUGAUGAUUGAUAUGCUCUGUGGGGCUAACGGAUUUGACUUGGCCUGGAAAUCGCUGGAAGAGCUAAAAAAUUCGGGUUUCCCUAUCGUCCCACAGGCUUUUGUGGUCUUGAUCCAAGCUUAUGCAAAGUCAGCCAUGCCCGAGAAGGCUGUUGACUCCUUCGGAAGGAUGAAGCAAUUCGGUUGCAGGCCCAACACCUUUACUUACAAUACUAUUAUAUGUGUCCUUGUUGAGAAAGGGGUUUUUUUGUUGGCAUUGGCAGUUUAUAAUCAGAUGCUGAAGUCUGACUGCCGCCCAAAUCGAGCCACUUUCGGCAUGCUCAUUGAUGCAUCAUGUAAAGCGGGAAAGACACAGGACGCACUCCAAUUGUUUGAUGAAAUGGCCCAACGAGGUAUUUUUCCUGACACUAUGAUCUAUACUAUAGUUCUUUCUGGUCUCUGCCAAGCAGAGAGGACUGAUGACGCACACAAACUCUUGCAAACCAUGAAAAGUAAUAGUUGCUGCCCUGAUUCCAUUACUUACAAUGCUAUGCUCAAUGGGUUCUGUAGAUUGGGUAGGAUUGACGAAGCUCUUAAGCUUCUGGAUUCAUUCAGCAGGGAGGGCUUUGUUCUUGGAUUGAACGGGUAUAGCUGUUUGAUUGAUGGAUUAUUUAGAGCUGGAAGAUUCAAUGAGGCGCUUGAGUGGUAUGGACAAAUGUGCAACAAAGACAUUCUUGUCGACACUGUAUUAUACACCAUCAUGAUUAAGGGGUUUUCAGAAGCCGGCAAGGUUGAGGACGCAAUGAAGUUUUUGCAAGAGAUGACAGAGCAAGGUUUUGUUCCGGAUACGUUCUGUUAUAAUACUCUGAUCAAGGGUUUUUGUGAUGUUGGUCUCCUAGAUAGGGCCAGAUCUCUCCAACUGGAGAUCUCAAAGAAUGAUCGCUUCCCUGACUCGGCCACUUACACUAUUCUCAUUUGUGGGUUGUGUAAGGAAGGGCUGGUUGGGGAGGCAGGGCAGAUAUUCAAUGAGAUGGAGAAGCUUGGAUGCUUGCCUACAGUUAUUACAUUUAAUGCUCUUAUUGAUGGGCUCUGUAAGGCCGGGGAACUUGAUGAAGCUCGUUUUCUCUUCCAUAAGAUGGAGAUUGGCAGAAACAAGUCUUUGAUUCUUCAUCUUCGGCUUUCCCAAGGUAGUGGUCGGGUCCUUGACAGUGUAAGCCUUCAAAAAUUGGUGGAGCAGUAUUGUGAGUCCGGAUUGAUUCUUAAGGCCUACAAACUUCUCAUACAGCUUGCUGAUAAUGGGGUUGUACCGAACAUUAUCACUUACAACAUCUUGAUGAAUGGCUUGUGUAAGACACAUAACAUCAAUGCAGCCUUGAAGCUCUUCGAGAAGCUCCAAGUUGACGGUUACUCCCCAGAUACUAUUACAUAUGGGACACUGAUAGAUGGACUUCAGAGGGUUAAUAGAGCAGAAGAGGCUUUUGGGUACUUUGAUCAGAUGGUGAGAAAUGGGUGUACUCCCAGUUUGUCAGUCUACAAUACAAUGAUGACUUCCUUGUGUCAGAAGGGAAAGGUGUCACAAGCUUUUAGUCUUUGGUUAAAUUAUUUGAGGAGCCUUCGCAACCAGGAAGAAGAUGCAAUUAAAGUUGUGGAAGAGCAAAUUGAUAAUGGAAAAGUGGAAGAUGCAGUCCGUGGAUUGCUUAAAAUGGAUCUUAGGGAAAAGGUUAUUGAUUCAUCUCCUUAUACCAUUUGGCUCAUUGGAAUGUGCCAGGCAGGAAGAGUAGAUGAAGCGGUUAAGAUAUUCUCUAUCCUUGAAGAGCAUGAGAUCAAUGUCACUCCCCCAAGCUGUGUAAUGCUAAUUAGUGGCCUUUGCAAAGAAGGAAAGCUAGAUCUAGCUGUUGAUGUCUUCAUUUACACUUUAGAGAAAGGUCUCAUAUUGAUGCCACGGGUAUGCAACCGGCUGAUCAGAUCUCUUUAUACUUACAACAGAAAGGAGAAUGUUAUUGAUCUAAUGAACCGAAUGAGACGUGCAGGUUAUGAUUUGGAUAUCUAUCUGAGUAGAACCACAAAGGUGCUCUUAUCAGGAAAUGAGCAUAGGUAUGAGAUGGACAGAGAGUCAACUGCAUGAUCUGUGGAUUCGGAGCAGGCAUACUCAAUUGAAAUUCGAGUAUUCCCUAAAAAAUAACUCUGUUUUGAGUUGAUGCUUCACCACAGGGAUACUUACAGUUAUAAAUGUUGUAUGAUUGACUUAUUUUCAGCUUCUGACACCACACUUCUCAUCCUGGAAACACUUCAUGUAUGCUCCAGUUUAGAUUCACUCCUUCCUCCUUUUUCCUGUUUGGUAUAAGACCCAGGUAGUGUGAGCCAUUUAGAAAAUUGGUGGGCAUGGAUUGAUUUCCCAUGCAUCCUGAAGGUUUGUAACUUCAGAUCAAAAUUUUGUGUAACAUAAUCGAUUCAUAAAUCUUCUGUUUCAAAGCUAAUGAUUUAUCUAGUUGUUAAUA